UCAUUGGAUCCCCAGCAGAGUAUGCUCCUCGACGUAGGAUACACAACAUUAAAUCAAAAGUUUUUGACAGGAUGUGCCCGUCCCGUGCGAGACGCCCUGAUGCAUGAAAAUAUUGGAGUCUUUGUUGGCGUGGAGGCGAGCGGGUUUCACAGCCACCAGGUGGGAAAGACUUCGCUGACUGGCGGCUCGCUGUCCGUAACAUCAGGACGACUGUCAUACACGCUUGGGCUCGUUGGCCCCUGCAAUUCUAUUGAUACUGCAUGCGCAUCUGCUCUGGCAGCUCUACAUCUCUGUGCUGGCUCCGUCCGGGACAAUUACGCAGACGGCAUUGGGAUAGGAACCAAGAUCCUCAGUUGGGCAGCGAAUCUUGCAAUGUCGGAAGCUAUGAUGACAUCGCCGUUGGGUUGA